AUGGGAGCUGGAGGACGUCCGUUUGAUCAUCCACCUGAUGAUCAAAUGAUCUUGAAACAAAAGGUGGUGGAAUCUCGAAGGGCUUCUUCUAAUCAUGCUGCAUAUGUCUCACAUGGUAUCUUCUUUGCUGUCUUCUUGUCGGUUGUUUAUUAUCUCAUUGUAAGGUGGCAUGAAAAGACCCUCAACUCCACUCCUCUCCUUGUUGUCACCAUGUUUGAGAUGGCUGCCAUUAUCACCUUCGUGGCUUCCUGUAUUUACCUUCUUGUUUACUUUGGCAAUAGCCUUGUACACCACACACAUUUUUUAGAUGAGGAAGAAGACCAACCAGAAGAAACAACAAACACCGUUCAUUGUGAAUAUGCUCAUCUGUCUUUAAAACAAGUUGGAAAGAAGGAUAAAGUGACCCAAGAGGAUGAGGCGGUGAUACAAGCGGUGGUUUCCGGUGAAACGCCAUCUUAUUCAUUGGAAUCGAAGCUUGGGGACUGCAAACGAGCAGCGGUUAUCAGAAGAAUGGCGGUAGAGAGGAUCGCCGGAAAGUCUCUUGACGGUUUGCCGGUGGACGGGUUUGAUUAUGAAUCUAUAUUGGGACAGUGUUGUGAGAUGCCUGUUGGUUAUGUUCAAAUACCAGUGGGAAUUGCUGGCCCGAUGUUGCUGGAUGGAAAGGAGUUCUGGGUUCCCAUGGCGACCACUGAAGGGUGUCUUGUGGCUAGUACCAAUAGGGGUUGUAAGGCCAUUUACGCUUCUGGUGGAGCCACCAGCAUCUUACUCAAGGAUGGCAUGACUCGAGCUCCGGUGGUCAGGUUCGCCACUGCCAAGAGGGCUGCUGAGUUGAAAUUCUUCUUGGAGGAACCACUCAACUUUGAGACACUUGCCACCGUUUUCAACAAAUCAAGCAGAUUCGGGAGGCUUCAGACAAUCCGAUGUGCGAUUGCAGGGAAGAAUCUAUACAUAAGGUUCACUUGCAGCACCGGCGAUGCAAUGGGGAUGAACAUGGUUUCGAAAGGUGUUCAAAAUGUUUUGGAGUAUCUCCGGGCUGAUUUCUCCGAUAUGGACGUCAUUGGCAUCUCCGGCAACUAUUGCUCCGAUAAGAAACCGGCGGCGGUGAACUGGAUUGAAGGGAGAGGCAAAUCGGUGGUGUGUGAGGCAAUUAUAAAGGAACAAGUGGUGAAGAAAGUACUGAAAACAAACGUAGCUUCAUUGGUGGAGUUAAACAUGCUCAAGAACCUCACUGGAUCCGCCAUGGCCGGUGCUCUUGGUGGGUUCAAUGCUCAUGCUAGUAACAUCGUGUCGGCCGUGUACCUUGCCACCGGCCAAGAUCCAGCUCAGAACAUCGAGAGCUCCCACUGCAUCACCAUGAUGGAAGCUGUGAACGGCGGCAAUGACCUUCAUGUGUCGGUGACCAUGCCUUCAAUCGAGGUUGGGACGGUGGGUGGUGGAACUCAGUUGACUUCACAAUCUGCAUGCCUGAACUUGCUGGGAGUGAAGGGUGCAAACAAAGAAUCAGCUGGAUCAAAUGCACGGCAGUUGGCUAUGGUGGUCGCCGCCGCAGUUCUCGCCGGAGAGCUGUCUCUUAUGUCAGCAAUCGCGGCGGGGCAACUAGUGAACAGCCACAUGAAAUACAACCGCUCCAAUAAAGACAAUUCCGUCGAAUCUUAA